CGGGGUUCUCUCUUUCCUCCCUGCAUCUCAGCAACCACACAUCGCCUAAUGGUGAACUGUACCUCAAUCAAUAGAGUUCGUUGCGCGUACCAGAUUAAUAUUGUCAUCUACAUUAUUGCGAGCCGAAAGUGAUCUGGAUAAAUCUAGCCGGAAUCCUACUAAUUUUCGCUCUCCUAUUGGCCACCCUACGCGUGACCCGGCCAGAUGCCGGGGUCCCGUCGGGUUGGUUGGCAUCCUUUUCGAAAAUCCCGCACUUCCACCUCUAUCCGGUUUCGAGCUCCGCGGCGAGCCAACUCCCGUGGUCGACUUUGCCAGGCGUGAUGGCGAGUGAAGGUAUGUGAAUUUGUCUUCCCAGCAUGAGACAGCACACGUUGAGGAACUUCUACCUAGGUGGAUUACCGACCAUCUAUGGAAUCCCUCUCAAAUACGUCUUUCUCGUCACGCUCGUUGUCCAGAAUUCCGCGCUCGUUCUCACCAUGCGAUACUCGCGAAUCCAGCCAGGCCCAAGAUAUUUAGGAACGACCGCAGUUGCUCUCUCAGAACUUCUGAAGUGCUUCAUAUGCCUAGGUAUCCACGUUCACAGAAAACGAUCUCAGCCGGACCACCGACAGGCGCCGACACUUUCCGCCGAGGCCAAUCCUUCCAACCAAGCGGAUGAUUACUCGAUACCAUUAUGGAUUGACGGAUCCAGGGCCCCAAAAAUUGCCCUUUGGGCACUGGUAGCCUUCCUCUACUCCCUACAGAACAACUUACAGUUCGUCGCUGCCAGUCACCUGCAUGCUGCGACUUUCCAGGUCACCUACCAGUGCAAGAUCUUGACCACUGCAUUAUUCACUGUGACGCUCCUACGGCGGAGAUUGUCGGCCAGGAAGUGGUUCUCACUCGUUAUCCUAACAGCCGGAGUCGCUUGGGUCCAGAUACCGUCGUCAUCAACUGCGGCCAGCAAACAGCAGGGCGACGAUCUCGCGGGGAUCACUGCGGUUGCGGGUGCGUGUAUCUGCUCAGGAUUGGCCGGAGUGUGUUUCGAGAAGGUGCUCAAAGAGCCUCAACAGUCAUCAAUCUGGAAACGCAAUGUGCAAUUGAGCGCCGGAUGUUUCCCCAUGGCACUUGCGGCAGCCUACUGUUGGGACCGUCAGGCCAUCCGGAAGGAUGGCUUUUUCCAAGGUUACAGUCCGGUGGUCUUGGCCACCGUUGGUGUGCAAGCCGCCGGAGGUCUCAUCGUGGCGUUGGUCAUCAAGUACGCCGAUAAUAUCUCGAAAGGUUUCGCCACCUCCAUUUCGAUCAUCCUUUCGACCGCUGCUUCGAUCUUCCUCUUCGACUUUGUGCCGACGAUCCACUUCCUAUGUGGGUCCAUCUUGGUGCUCUUGGCCACUUACCUCUAUAGCCAGCCUGAUGCACCCAAGGUGGCUGCCACUGUGCUCCCUCUCUAUCGGCAAAAAGUUUUGAGGUAGACCAACCCAGUGGCAUUGGGCAUCCGGAGGAUUGUCCGCUCCGGGAGAGAUAGUGUGAUCCUCCAACAAUGCGGCUGUGACGCGAGUCUAUCCCCAUAUGGUGUUACGGCGGUUUCUCUACCGAGGUGCCUCAGCCUUCCCUAGAUUUUCAAGGUCAGAUACAGAUCGCCAGGCUGCCGAUUGGUGCGACAUGUGAGAGUGCUCGGUGAAUGUCAUCUUAUGUCGCAGAUGUAGGCUACGAGAAUGAACCAUGGGCCCUACGGGUGGCGGCGCAAUUUCACUCCGCCACGAUACUAUAGUUAGAUAUCUCACCAGCACUCUUUCAGUACGCACUUACGCAAGUCUUCCUGUUAUCUGCCGUGACCCAGCGAUGAUACGCCUGAAGAUUCGACCGGUCUGGAGCGUUGGUGGCAUUGCAGCAUGGUGCCUUAGUAAUUAGCCUACAUUGGCGUCGCUAUGAGCGUUGGGGUCUUGGAGUCAUGUAAUUACAUGAAAUUGAUUUAUCC